AUGAAGGUAGAUCGAAUUGCAGAGUUCAAAUCCAUUGGAUUAAGUGAAGUGAAGGCAAAAGAAACUGCAAAGAAUGAAGCACUAAGUGGGAAUCUUCUGGAAGUUAUAAGUACAGCCAGAGAAGUCCUUCAAGGAAAAGAAUUUUCAAAAAAUGUGGGAACACUUCUUUAUCAUGUGGCUUCCAAGACAAAGCCCCAGAUUCGGAGCCAUCUUCCACUUCUUGCAAAAUAUAUAGCAGAAGAAAAGAUUGACACGGAGACCCGUCUGGCAGGAGCCCUGGAUUUUCUCAUGCAUGAAGCCCCAAAGGGAGAGAAAGUGGAUGAAGAUGCAUUGUGUAAGGCAUCUGGUGUGGGAAUUAAUGUCACCCCAGAGGAGAUUGAGUCCACCAUUGAGAAGAUAAUUGACAAGUACAGGGAACAACUCCUAGCUGAUAGGUACUCUUUCAAUGUUGGGAAAUUGCUUGCUGAGGCUCGGCAGGAUCUGAAGUGGGCAGAUGGAAAACUGGUGAAGAAUGAAUUGGAUGUGCAGAUCCUUGAUCUCUUGGGGCCAAAAUCAGAUGCAGAUAUGGUGAAGAAACCUAUCUCCAAGAAACAGACAGGAAAAGGAGAGAAAAUCUCAGAUGGGAAGGCAGUUAAUGGAAGUGGCGAUUCAAAGAAGCAUCCUGUUGAUGAUGUAAAUGGAGAUGAAAGUGGAGAUGGUGCAGCAACCAUCCAGGAACUUAUGAAGAACAAAGUUCAUUUCCACAAAGUUGGUGAGAACUAUAAGACAGACAGCUAUGUUGUGACUCCACAGACGAUGGAACUUCUCAAGGAACAUCUCUCCAUCACAGGAAGGAAGGUUCGUACACGUUUCCCGCCUGAGCCCAAUGGGAUUCUGCACAUUGGUCAUGUCAAGGCCAUAAACAUAGAUUUUGGUUAUGCUGAAGCACAUGGAGGAGUCUGCUUCCUGCGUUAUGAUGACACCAAUCCAGAAAAGGAGGAGGAGAAGUUCUUCACUGCCAUCCAGGAUAUGGUUGAGUGGCUUGGAUACAAGCCAUACAAGAUCACUCACUCUUCUGAUUACUUUGAUCAGCUGUAUGAAUGGGCAGAAAAGCUGAUUGGGAAGGGCCUAGCAUAUGUGUGUCAUCAGCGACCAGAGGACCUGAAGGGCUUCAAUCCUCCUCCCUCUCCAUGGAGAGAUCGUCCCAUUCAUGAGAAUCUCUCCCUCUUCCGUGCGAUGAAGAAUGGCUACUUUGAUGAGGGGGAGGCCACACUUCGCAUGAAGGUGACCCUAGAAGAAGGGAAGCAGGAUCCUGUAGCAUAUCGCAUCAAAUACAUCUCCCACCAUCGAACUGGAGACAAGUGGUGCAUCUAUCCAACUUAUGACUAUACUCACUGUCUCUGUGAUUCUAUUGAGCACAUCACUCAUUCUCUCUGCACCAAGGAGUUCCAGUCCCGUCGCUCAUCCUACUACUGGCUUUGCAAUGCCCUUGACAUUUACUGUCCAGUGCAGUGGGAAUAUGGGAGGUUGAACCUGAAUUAUACAUUGGUGUCCAAGAGGAAGAUAGCCAAGCUCAUCACAGAGGGGAUAGUGAAGGAUUGGGAUGACCCAAGGCUGUUCACCCUCACUGCUCUCCGCCGCCGAGGAUUUCCUCCUCAGGCCCUCAAUAACUUUGUUGCUCGGCUUGGGGUCACAGGAGCCUUGGCAAGUGUGGAUCCAUCUCUAUUGGAAGCUUGUGUGAGGGAUGAAUUGAAUGCAACUGCACCUCGGACUAUGGUGGUUCUUGAACCAUUGGAGGUUACUAUGAAGGAUAUUCCAUCAAUGCCAGACUCACUCAGCAUCCCUGACUUCCCCUCUGACAUCAACAAGGGAACCCAUAGCAUUGCCUUCAAAAAAGUGAUUUAUAUAGAGCGCUCAGAUUUUAAGAUGGAGGAGGAGAAAGGCUACCGUCGCCUCACUCCCUCUCAAGGUGUUGGUCUUCGACAUGCCGGUCUUGUUAUGUAUUUCUCCCGUAUCCUUUCGCAAGACAAGGAGGGCCGUGUGACUAAGAUUGAGGUCACAUGUAAGUCAGUUUCUGAAGUGAAGGAGAAACCCAAGGCCUUCAUUCAUUGGGUUGCAGCUCCCAUCCCCAUCCAAGUGCGACUCUAUGAAAGUCUAUUCUGCCAUAAAAACCCCGAGGAUCCUAAUCAGGAAGUGGAAGCCAAGGGCGAUGCUUACUUGCUGAGGAAAGCCAAAGUGUACGAUAAAUUCCAGUUUGAGAGGAUUGGAUUUUUCUCUGUGGAUCCGGAUUCCGUUCCAGGGGAGCAACUCGUCUUCAACCGUACUGUCUCCCUCAAAGAAGAUACUGGCAAGAACUCUUGA